AUGAGCCCCCUAAAACAGCAACGACUCCUCUGGGUGCACUCCGCCGAACCGACAGGUGUUCGCCGUCGUGACAAGGCCACCAUGACGAAGAUCCGCCGCCAUAUCAUGAAAGAUAUUGGAAUAUCACGACGCAAACCCCAACAGAACCCGCAGUUCGUCAUCGAGAUGGGGUCUUCUCGUAUGGACUCUCUGGUGCCGCCCUUCUGGAGCCAGGAUCCGCUCAGCCUUCUGGAGCAAGAGUGGGGGAUGGACAGCUUCUCAGCGUACGGCAUGUGUUUUUUGGCUGCCGAGGGUAAAAGACUCCUUGGAAAUGCAGAUGCGUUGACUUCCGAGGGUUUCUCAUUCCCGUUUGCUUUCACGUCGUCCGCAUUCCUCCGCCACUUCAAGCCCAUCUUCUCCGACCCGUCCGUGCUCAAAGGAAUCUACCACCGGUCAUCUGCGAGGAUCAGAGUCAUGGCAUUGGAACGUUCCAUGGGGACAAUCUCGUGUAUAGAGGCGAAUGUGGCUAAGCCCAGCUUUGAUCUCGCGACAGCGGACCGUGUCAUUUACGCCGUCUUGUCCGUCAUUUGUUACAAUCUGUUGAGCCGCGAGUUUGACCAAGCACGUGUCCAUUUGGAGGGCCUUGCGGGGGUGAUUGCUGCCAGAGGCGGGAUACAGUCCCUGAAGAGCAACAAAGAGCUGAGAUUGAUGAUUUUCUGGGUUGACGCCGCGACAUGCUUGCUGUUCAACACGUGGCCACGAUAUUCACUCCCCCUGGACCUCACCCCGCCAAUGUUUCACACGGAGUCAUCAAAAGAUCUACCGAUACCGCUCUCGAAUAUUCUUGCGAGCACCGAAGCUGAGGCGCAAUUAACGCACAUCCCGGUUUAUGUAGCAGAGCUGAGCGAAGUAGCCAUAAUCAUCGAGUCAGAGCUGGCUGCGAGAGGGAAUGCUUUGUGGGAUGAUGAAAUGUUUCUGGGGCUACGAAUUAACGCCCUGAUAUAUCGUUUGUUUGAGCGCGCGGGGCGGACUACCGGAUCAUCUCACUGGGACCAAACUUUGGAAUCCAUACGGCUGGGGGUCAUCAUUUGGAUUAUCUGGGUGAAACGCAUGUGCCGAUCAUGGCCGGGCUCUCCCACGGCAUACAUACCAGAAUUAUUGUCCAUGCUCAGUGACGAGACGAGCUGGGCGGCAAACACCUCGGGUGUUUCGGAUGACAUCUUGUCUGUGAGGCUCUGGCUUAGUGUUCUCUGCGGCAUCGCAUCUUGCCACGGAUCGCGCGAACGGGAAGCUGCUGUGCGCCUGAUUGCACGAGAUACCCAUCGACUAAACGGGAAAGAAUGGAACGAGGUAAUGGUCCUUCUGGUCCCGUCAUUUUCGACCUCGUCGCUCAACUUAAUUCCUAGGACUGGACUUCACCCACAAAGACUCCUUGUCCAACAUCUUGAAUCCAUCAUUCUUCAAUAUGUCGGCAUCCGCAAGUCAUCCAAGAGUCAUUGUCGUCCUAGGCGCCACGGGAAACCAAGGUGGUGGCGUCGCUCGGGCAUUGCUCAAAUCCAAAUCGUGGAUUGUCCUGAGCUGGCACUCGCGACUCCGGACUCGCCCAAGGCCCAAAGGGCUCCUGGCCCGAGGAGCAAACCGAUGAUGGGCCGGUUGGGAGGUUGUCGCCGGCACACGUGUACCGAUAUCGACACUCUGCGACAGGCGUUUGCCGGCACCUAUGGAGUCUUCGCCAUCACCAGCGAGCGCCAUCCUGACAAGAAAAUAGCCACGUCUGGCCAGUUUCCGAAACUCUACCACAUGAACAACAAGCAUGCCGUCGAGCAGAUUGCCAGAGAAGAGCUCCCAGGAAAGGUCACUUGCCCCAUACCGGGUUUCUUCUACACGAAUCUGCAAUGGCGACAGUAUUCUCGACACCAGGGAAAACGGGCGUUGUUUAGGGUUCUGCUACCCGCAUUCCAUCGGGACCAGGUGGCUCAGUGGGACAGGAUUCCGGAAUAUGAACAUGGGGCUUCAUUUCCGCAGCAAAAGGUAUUCGAAUUGGGCAUCGAUCAGACGCGCGGCAAGACCUACCUCGUCAUGGCCCCCCGGAUCACGCCGCAGGAAGUGGUGGAGACCUUCACAAGAGUCACUGGGCAACCGGCCAUCCACUCCCCAACGUCAGCGGAAGAGUUUGGCGACCUGACAGCUCCAUUGGUCGGACCAGCUUUCAAGGAGGACGCCACGCAGAUGAUGCAAUGGGCCGCCGUCGCUCCAAAGAACAAAGUUGCCUACGGGGCUCUGGAGCCAGAGAUAGACCGCUCCGCCGAGGAGCUUGGUCUGACUGCUAGCUCAUUCGAAGUGUGGCUGAAGAGGAGCGGCUGGACAGGACCGGAUCAUGAAUUGAAGGACUAUGUUUCUCCGGCAUACAAUUAG